AUGGAAAUAAGUGUUCCAGCUCAUCGAAGUGCACCUAGCACUGUUUUCCUCGCCACGGUUGUACUUUGGAUCAAAGAUCGCUUCGGAAAGCUGCACUCCGCCCGCGCUUUGAUCGAUUCCGGCUCACAAUCGAACUUCAUAUCGAAGAAACUUUCCCGCCGCCUCUGCCUGCGAUCCGAAAGAAUCAGCAUUCCUAUCACUGGUAUUGGUGAAGCUACUGUGACGGUUACACAAUCUGUAGUGUCUACCAUCCUUUCGAAGAACGAAGAAUUUGCCAAUGAGCUGGAAUUCCUGGUCCUUCCAAAACCAACAGCAACUCUCCCAUCUACAAACGUGGAUGUGUCUUCCUGGAAAAUUCCCUCGAACGUGGAUCUAGCAGAUCCUGCUUUUAACGUGUCGGGCCCUAUAGACCUAUUGCUGGGUGUCGAACUUGUUCAUGAAUACUUGAAAAAUGGACGAAUAUUUCUUGGUGAAGGAUCGCCAGUAUUGUUUGAGACAGUCUUUGGAUGGGCUGUUAUUGGUCGCUGGUACGGAUCCACGGUACCCUGCUCGCCAGUUUGUCACACCGCCAUCACUCAACGUAACUUGGAGAUUAUUCUAGACAAAUUUUGGGAAUUGGAAGCAGUACAGCCAAGCCCACUCUACACUGCUGAAGAAAACUUUUGCGAAGAGCUAUAUAUAACCACUACAACGCGAGACUCAGAUGGCCGUUACGUUGUCCAUCUUCCAAAGACGAAUGAUCCAGUUAUCUGCCUUGGUGAAUCAAGAAGCAUCGCCGAAAAACGUCUAUUUAGUCUCGAACGUCGACUGCAAAGAGAAGAUGCAGCUAAGGCUGCAUAUCAUGAAUUUAUGGAUGAGUACCUGCGACUUGGGCAUAUGCGGAAGAUAGCUGAUACACCAAAUGAAACUCUCCACCACUGCUACUUGCCACACCAUGCGGUGUUUAAAACUACAAGCACCACGACCAAAACUCGUGUCGUGUUUGACGCCUCCUGCCGUACUGCAUCCGGUUACUCACUCAACGAUACUCUUCUUGUGGGUCCGGUAGUGCAGGACGAUCUCCUGUCCAUAGUUUUGCGUUUUCGAACCAAACCUGUAGCACUCGUUGCGGACAUUGAAAAAAUGUACCGCCAAAUAAAGGUCCACCCUGAAGAUCAACGAUUGCAACGCAUUCUUUGGCGGCAGAACAUAUCAGACCCCAUCUCCACUUUUGAGCUACAGACGGUUACUUACGGAACUGCUUCCGCUCCGUAUUUAGCCACUCGUACCAUCAAACAGCUUGCCAAGGACGAAGGUGCAAGAUUUCCGUUGGCAAAGACUGCAGUUCUUGAAGAUUUUUAUGUCGACGAUUUCAUAAGCGGCACCAAAGACGUUGCAACGGCCAUUCAAGUACGCCGGCAAAUCAGUGACAUGUUUAGUGCUGCGGAAUUCCCACUUCGAAAAUGGGCGUCGAAUGCGCCAGAAGUAUUGGCUGAGAUACCUGAGGUUGAUCGCGGGGUUCAGCCAUUGUACGACCUUACCGAUAACCAAUCAGUUACUACUCUUGGACUAGUCUGGGAACCAUGCCCCGACAUCCUACGGUUCAACAUCUUAGUUCCACUUCCGGCGGCCGUACUUACACGACGAAUUGUUUUAUCCUACAUCGCUCAAAUAUUUGACCCGCUAGGCCUGAUAGGGCCUGUUAUAUCCGCUGCCAAGCAAUACAUGCAGCGCCUGUGGGUGCUAUCUUCAAGCGACGGAAAUUCAUAUUCUUGGGAUCAACCACUUCCCGAGAACCUACAGCAAGAGUGGAAGGCUUUCCACUCCACCCUCAAUCUUUGUGGCGAAAUUCGAAUCCCCAGAUUUGCUUCGGUGGCCGGAACAAUCUGUCUCCAGCUGCACUUUUUCUCAGAUGCUUCUGAGAAAGCCUAUGGCGCGUGCGUCUAUAUGCGCUCCGAAGAUAACAACCGCAAUGUGUGUAUCAAACUGCUGGCAGCCAAAUCGAAGGUUGCUCCUCUGAAGACUCGGCACAGUAUAGCCCGCCUAGAACUCUGCGGGGCUAUUCUCUCUACCCAGCUGUAUGCCAGAUGCUUCAAUGGCUUAAAUCACCACCAUCGUGCUGGAAAACUUUUGUCGGAAACCGUGUAUCCAAGAUUCAAGAAGCAACAAUUGGCUGUCCCUGGAACCACGUUCCAGGAAAGGAAAAUCCGGCUGACGACAUAUCUCGUGGUCUCACGCCAGUCGAACUUCUUCAACGUGAACGCUGGUGGACAGGACCUUCUUGGCUAA